ACAUCACAAGAAAGAACAGUCUUCAACCACUAUUAGGUCACAGCAACAGCUAAAGAAACAAACAUGAACAGAAGCUCCACUAAAGUCCCAAGCAGUUGGUGAAGAACCUUUUCAAACCGAUGGACUGACUGACCAAGCUCCCGUGAGCCUGCGGAGGAUAAGAGGUGCACCUCGCGCGGCUCGGGCCAACUGUGAACACAGCCUUUGGCUGAAGAUGAUAGAUACCGGACCUCCUUCCCACAUAACCCUUUCCGUAAGCAGAAGUUUGCUGGACAAAGAAGACGCUGCAGCUGAAUCUCCAGAUCCCAGACCAUGGAAGAAAUGGAGGGUCUGUAUUUUGUAGGGAAGAGGGAAGACGUGAUGGAAGCAAGGCGUGUUUUCACAACAGUCAAUGACCGAGACGUUCUCAUCAUCUACCAUGAGGGAGAGUUCUACGCCAUGGACUCGUACUGCUACCACGCCGCAGGGAAGCUGCAGGAUGGAGACAUUGAGGAGUGCGGCGGCAAGAUGUGCAUCAUUUGUCCGAACCACAAGUACAAGAUCGCUCUGGUGGGAGGGGAGAGCUUGUACAAGGCCACUGACCCCACGGAGAGGCAGCCGGUGCCCAGAUGGUACUCGAAGGGCGUGAAGCAGCGAACACACCGGGUCGUGGAAUCUAACGGGGAUGUUUACGUCAGGCUGUCGGAGGAGCCCGGCUGGAUCGAGUCCGACUUCUUCCAGGGAGAAAAGGGGAAAGUGGAGAGAGCCAAAGCUGAAGCAGCUGAGAAGAAGAAACGAUGAUGUUCCGCUUCAUAGUCUUUGUUUAUGAACCAGUGUGUUCUGCCUUCAUAAAGAGGAGACAAUGUGUCAAACCAAAGUGACUUCAUGGUUCUGUUCCUUUA